UGAUGACAACAGAGGCGACUGACGUUCCUGUGGGUGACGUCUGCGGCGGCUGUGAGACGUCUUGUUGGCACUCCGUCAUGGUGGCCUUCUUAACACCACUCGCCUAUAACGCUUAGUUAACAAGAAUUUACCGCUUAAGGGCCUUUUAUUUAGCAGUAUGGGUGAGUGUGAGACAGCCAUACACCGGAAGAACAGCACUGAGAAGGAUGUUCUACCACCGACGAGAUGCUGUACCUUCCUCGCCAGGAACAUCUUUGAGCCAUUCUUGUUCAAGAUUUUUGUGGGUGUUGUUGUUUUCUUAAUAUUCUCAGGCGUUGAAGGGGCAGAAGGGCCGGGAAGCUUGAAGACUGGAGCAGGUAGCCACGUGUCAGUAGUCAGGCGUGACGUGUCAGGGAAGACUGGAGACUCGCCGCCAUCCAAGCCUGACAAAGUACCUUCAGAAACACCUGUUGCAACGCCCGAGGACAAAAAGUCUGAAUCAAAUGUGACAACUAAGAGCCCAGUAGGGCAGACAGGGCAUGUUAAGGCUGAGAGUGACAACCCUGGCACGGCUCCCACAAAUGAUGCAGGUGAAGAGUCCAUAGAUGAACAUCAACCUAUGCGAGGCCUAAAAGGAAUAUCUUCGGAAGCAGUUUUGCGCGGCUUCUAUGUGUUUGUUGGAGUGGGUUCCAUUGUGCUUAUGUACAUUAUUGUCAAACUCUUAAGGCUUCGACGUCGACGUGCAACAAGAAAGUACAGGGUAUUGUCGCAUGGUGAUGACCAGGAGAUGUUUCCCCUGGCUGCAGAUGAUGGAGAUGAUGAAGAAAUAUACAAUGCUGCAGAUCAUCAGACACUAAAGUAAAAAAUUAUGCAAAUAUUGUGUUCAGUUUCCAUAAACUGCAGGGAAUUUGAUUUCAUACAAGGGAGCAUUUGUACCUGGUUUGAGUUAGAUGUAAUUAUUAUUUGUAUUAUUCUCAUACACAAAACUGAAUGAAGAUGAAUGUAGAAAACUGGUAUACUGGUAGUUAAGAAAUGUUGAUUAGCUGCAGUGUAUGUAAUAUAGUAUGAAUCAUAAAAGAGCAUACAGUAUAGUAGUAUUUGUUAAAAUUGGGCAUUAUGUAAAAUAAAUUACAGUGUGUGAGAGGUGCAUAGUUAGUUUUAGGUUUGCUUGUGAAAUUGUUUUUGAGCAAAGAGCUUGAGAGUUACUAUAGUUACCGGAUAUGCAUGGAUGUGUGUAAUGGAGCCAUUUUAUACAUGCGAGUAGAUAAUUUAGGAUUGUGCCCAUAUACCGGCUGCUGAUCUGUAGGAAGAUCUGCUGUAGGACUGAAUGUUAAGUACCAGUUGAAAGGCAUCAUGGAAAUUAGCUGGUUUAAAAUUUUACAUUAACUUUUAUGGGUUUAUCUUUGUUGACAAUCUUAGACAAAUAAUGCUGAUUACAUUUCAUUGUUAACAUAAAAAGUUUAACUUUGAAAAAGCUUAGCAUCAUUUUUUUACUACCUAGGGUAAGGUUGCUAUUCCUCUGCCAAUUAAAUUGCUAUUUUGAAUGAGUGGAAUACAAAAUUUUGCAAAUUGAAAGAGGAGAUGUUUAUUUACAAAAUAACAUCACCAUCAAGGUUGUAAUGCAAAAUCUAUUGAGAUAUUACCAAAGAUACUGUAUUGUAGUGGCCAAAGUUUUAGCCUGGUUCAUUGGUGUGCAACCCAGUACAGUAUAUCACCCUUUUUUAAAUGAGUACAGUAUAGCCAGUUUAAAAAUGUGUAUACUGUAUUAUAUUUAUAUUGCAACCACCUUUGUAAUAUAUAUUACGUAGGUUAAAAUAUUAGUCUACACUAAAGUAUAUUAUCAAGUGUUGGCAUUGGUUUUGGUCACUUGGCGUUGGAAUCAUCUCGUAAACUCCUUGAGACAAACCAGAUGUCAGGUCACCUGCUAACACUGACAUACUAUACUACAGGUGUAUAUUAAGACACCUUUAAAGAUGUAUUGCUAAAAAUCUCAAGCACAUAAUAUUGUAUAAAUCACUAAGGUGGAAUAAUGAUGACCAGGAACUAUCCAUUUUCUGUGUCUUGAGGUUUCCAAGGGUACACAUAUUAGAUCCUACCUUACUCCCUCACAAUUAGCUUCAAUGAGAAGCUGGAACUAACCAUAUUUUCUGACCUGAAAUGUUAAAAAUAAUAAACUUAUAUUUUCAGUUAGCAUAUCUUCCCUGUUUGUAUAUUCUGUACAAAACUAAUAUACCUGUAUUUCAAGAUUUUCUGAUUUAUUGGUUUUUGGUUUUCUGCUCUCGUUUUAUGAAACACAUUUGGUAAUAGUUUUCAUGUUUUGCUGGGAGUGUCCAUUACUGAAGCUAGCCAAUUACUGAGGACUUGACCUUAUAGUUUUUGAACUGUUGGUAUAUAAACCAUUAUCCAUUCUGUCUUCCAUCACCUUUCAGUUUCUUCUCAAAAUACAUGAAUAAAAGAAGAAUUGGCUUGAAAUUUCAGUAUUUUCUUAAAUACAGUAUAUAGCUUUUAAAUUAAUAAUUAAGUUCUUUAAUAGAGCUUCAUUGAUACUUCCUUCAUGCAUUUUUAUUUUUAACAAAAUUUUUACUGUAGUCACCUGAUGAUAUUUUCUAAACAACUAUGUACUUGAAUAAGUAAUACAGUAUGUUUAUUUGGCAAGUGCAGUUCAUGCCUUUUUUUAUUAAAUUUAUCAGGCAUGGAUCAUGUACUAUUAUUAUUAUACUGUACAGUCGCCAUCCCACACUCCAACCAGCUUGAGACUGAACUAGGUCGAAACACUUUAGUUAUUUAUAUUUUUGUGUACCCUUCUGUCCCCACAUCAUAUAAAUUUUUCCUGAAAACACAUCAUAAUAUAGGUUUAUUAAAUACAGUAAGCUAAAGACAUCACAAUACAAUAUUGUAUUGGUAUAGUACAUAGUAUAAAAUGAAAUAAAUGUUUAGUAAUACAUUAAAUACUAUAAAGAUACAGUACUUGUGUACUUGCAAAGGGUCUAAGUUUUUAGUCCACAUGCUGUAAGCUCUUGGAAUGUUGUCCAGGUGACUAUGUUGUGGCAAUUGAGGAUCAAGGUAAAAGUUGAGGCUUAAUGCUGAGCUGCUUAGAGUUCAGGGUUACACAUAGAUGGAACACAAAAGGCUUCAGUUUGAGGUCUCUUGGCAGCCCUCUCAUAAAUGUGUAUCAGUUGUUUUAAACCUUUUUUUUAAUUCUCGGAAAAUCUCUGUUGACACAGUAAAAAUUUAUUGUACUCCAAGUAUCAAUUGGCCUUUUCUCCAUGAACAUUAAAAUUGUUUCAAAAUAUGUGUCAACUUCCUUCAUGUUUUUCUUAUUGUGGCCCUCUUCCUCGUCCAUUACCAACUUUUGAAUUCUGUGAAUAUUAUUUCCUUAACUUAGUCGAGGAGUUCCUUGUCUCUUUUUCUACGACUGACUUUAUUUAUACCACAACCUUUGAACAGUAUGAAGGUUCCCAAAAUAGUGUUCUGAGCACUACUCUUUUUUUUUUUUUCUUUUUCGGGUUGCACUGAAUGGUCUCAAGUCCACCCUCCCCCCCCCUCUGGCAUUUUCUCAGCACUCAACAAUAUCAACUCCUCAUCUCAUGAUUGAUAAAGUGUUAUCUUGAGCUACCAAUCAUGGUUUCAAGUUCUCUAUGACUAAGACUUUGUUCUAUGACUUAUUUGGAGACAUAUCAUCCCUUGUGUCCUGUUUUCAUUCUAUGAUAAUCCCAUUAUGUAUAAGGAUACUGCCAAACUCUUGGGUUGAUCUUGGACAUAUGUCUGUCUUGGUCACCCCAUGUUUCUCACCCUCCAAGUUGAAUAAUCAAAGGCCCUUACCUUACUUAAUCUUGUUCCAUAUUACCUGGGGGGCUGAUAGCUGCACACUCUUCUAUUUUCACUCCUCUCUUGCUCUGUCUAAACUCGAUAAUGGCUGCCCUGCAUAUUCCUUAGCUUCAGCCUCAACCUUUUGUCAUCUUGAUGCUUUGCAUCAUACUGGGUUAUACCUUGACUCUGAUGCCUUUCAUUCAUCCCCUGCCAAGAGUUUAUAUGUAUGAAAUUUUGCAAGAACUUACCCACAUGGUGAAGGUUUGUACUCUCUCUACUAAUUUGAUAAUCCUGUUCCUUUAACAUUUAUUACAUUUAUUCCUAUUCUUACUCCAUUGCCGUGUUCAAUGAUGGGUCUAAGUCUACCAACCGCGUUGGCUACUCCAUUGUUUUUUCUGAUCUGACCGACGUGUGCUACCUACCCCAUGAAGACGAGCAUCUUCAUGGCGGAAUUUUAGGCAACUUUGUAUGCACUUCAUCAGCUGCUUUUUCUGCAUCAAUGUUUCUUUUUCAUUGGGUGGAUUAUUGCUGUGCCCUCAUGGCUCUUGAGGCUUUUAACCCCUUUACAUCCUGUGGUGGUUAAAAUUCAAUACAGUACUGGCUGUUUCUAAUCUCUGGCAGAUAUAAAAGUCAAGUUUUACUUAGUUCCCAACCACAUUGAAGUUACUUUGAAUGAAUUUGCAGGCGCUGACACUAAGGAGGCCAUUCAUGCUUGUAAUAUUUUCUGGAAAGAGAUUCCUUAUUUCGAUUUCUACCUGGUCACUCAUUUUGUAUUGUGUGACUGUUGGCAGGGUCACUGGGCUGGCAUUAUGGAUAAGAAACUACAUGCUCUUAAAAGUGACCUUUCUCCUUGGCCUUCCUCUUACCACCAUAAUAGGAGAUGGGAAAUGGGUUUGGCUACAUCGUGGAUCAGUCACACUUGCAUAACUCAUGGUCACUUAAUGGAACAAUAUCCUGCUCCCUUUUGUCCAAACUGCAUUGUUCCACUUAGUCGUGCACCUUCUUGUAGAACGCCUUGAUUUUUGGGAUGAUCGUAUGAUUUGCUUUCCUAAUGUCCCUAGGGAGUUCGUUGACCCUCGAUAAAUCCUUGUUAAAUCCAUUCCUAUGGUAUCAUUUGUCUUGUGUCCUUCUGUUCUAAUUGGUAACCUUCUAAUCUAUUGGGAUCUUGAGUGAUACUUAAUGCCUUUUGACUAUCUAGCAACACAGACUUAUGCUACAUAGUCUGUGUUGUCCCAGUCCCAGCUUUGUGCCUUCUUUCAUUAAUUACUUGCACAAAACCCUCAAUGCCUAUGUCACCCUCUGGAGGAAAGUUACUACAUGUGGGCCAAAGUUUGUUCUAGCCCAUACUUCAAGGUCAGAUGUUUGGCCAUAUCCCAUGCACAUGCUCCAUACUUCAUACAGAUUAACUUUAUUGUUCAUGGUUUUGUUAACAUUACAGUACCUUUCUGGGUCAAAUCGAGAAUGAAUAGGUGUACGAUUUCAGUGGGCAAAGAUCAGAAAGUGGGAUGCAGACUGUAAUCUAACAUAGCAGGUAAAGAUACCUUAUGGAUUUGUCAGUUACCUUUGGAGAAAGUUUGCAGUGUCUGUGCAUUAAUGUAUCUGGUCUGAUUACUAUGUACUGUAUCAUCUCGAAACUUUUAGGGCUUAUGGUGGUGCAAGGAAAGUUCCUAUUGUGGGAGAGGGAUACCUUGAGUGAUAUACUGUAUAAAUAACUAAUAAGCAUAGCUUCAUCCUAAUUAAUAUUGAUUGAAAUGAUGCAGUAUUUUAGAACAAAAGAUUUCCCCUUUAGACGAGCCUCAGAUGUUCUAAAUCUAAGAACUUUGUUGUCAGACUUCCCAAACUUAACAGCCUUAAAAUAUAAGGCAAUUAAAAUUUGUUUAACUUGUGAACAAAAAUGAAUAGUGGUGAGUCAUACAGAUUUGUUAUAGACGAUUCCUGGUGUAUGGGGCAAAGAUUCUUACUCUGUGUUGGUUCAGAACGUUGCUAUUUCCAGUACUGAAUUACUGUGGGUUAAUAUGCCGGUAAUCAUAAUGUUCAGCUCUUCAUCAGAAAGUAUUUACUUUUGGUACUAUAGGAAAUAUUGUUUAUUGUAUUUUUUCUCAUACAUAUAGAGUAAUAAUAACCUGAUCUGAAGCAUAGCUGAAUUAUGCACAUUUGCAAUUUACUAGCACUUAGGAUAAAAGAAAUAUAAUGUAUACACUACAGUACAGUAUAUCUAUUUUGUUUACAAUUGUAUAGAGUAGUAAAUUAGGUAUUUUGUAGAGUCUAGGCUAUUAAAUAUUAAACUAAAUUAUUUUGAUAGAAAUUCAUUGUGCUUCCUAUAAAUCAGAAAAUGAGAUGAGGUCUUUCUAAAUCUCUGGCUAUCUUUUCACUAUAUGUUUUGUAUGUUGAUUUUUGCUUAUCUUUGACAGUACACUACAGUACAGUGUAUUGAAACUCAUCAAUAGGAAAGGAAGGUUGAUCAGUUGCUUAUAUUCUUUUGGCAUGUUCAUGCCAAAGUAUGUACCGUAUGAGACUGAACUCGGUGAUGACUGUUAGCUACCUAUAAUGCUACUGUUUAUGUAACAGUAAAAAAAUUAUUGAAAGCAUAUAUGAUUUAAGGUCGAACCAUGAAGAUUAAUGUUGCAAGGUUUGAAAGAAUAACUGUUUUAUAUAUAUUUUGUAUAGUUUAUUAGGAUAUACAGUAUAUAUAUGGCUUUGUAGUUUGAAGCUGUUCAUUAUUGUGUAAAUAAAUGACAAUUGAUGAUUUAUAAGAAUGUUUUAACUACAACAAAAUGGCUGUGUGUUACUUUCAUCAGUUUAAAUAAACCAUAACAUUAAUGCAAGAGAAAAAGGGUAAUUCUAGCUUCAGUAGUGCUUAGCUCCUUUUUUUAUUUGUAUCAUUGUUGUGUUGAUAACCAUUUGUUAUGAAGUGAGUAACCUACCUAUAUACAGUAGCUUAGGAUUGCACUUCUCUUUUUAAUUCUUAAAAUGCAGUAAUAUAUUCCACUUUAUGUACUGCAUAUGAAUGUCUUCAAAAUGCUUCUGGACAAAGUAGCACACUGCACUUUCCAAAAUCAAACUGUUGAUAAGUCAGUAGAUGGGAACUUGUGCUUCAUAGACAUUAAAAUAAACAAAAAACCUAAGUCAAUACUGCAUAAAAUGUUUAUAUCUUCAUACUUUUAUCCAAAACUAUUAGAUUUCUUACAUUUUCUGUCUGAUUUUUGCUUCUUAUGUGUGUGUGUAUAUAUUUGUCUUUUGUACUCAGUAAGAGUGCUUGUUUAUAGGAAAUGAGUUGCAACUCUUGGGUAUCAUGUUUUAGCUAUUAACCAAUUGGUGUGCUUCAUUCCUUAAGCUCCAUGCAUUCUGUCUUUUACAUUUUUAAUCCAUGUAAAUUUUCUUCCACUACUUCUCCCAGGGAAUUUUACUCCUUCACUACCUGUAUGCUGAAGAAAUUUCUUAUAUUUCUUUGGCUUAUUCACGGUUUCAUUUUCCAUUUGUCUCAUUGAUCUGGUCCCACCCCUUAGGAAGAGCUUGGUUGUGUUUGUCUUGUUAAUGGUGAUACUUGUAUCUUGUGAAUGAUAUAUUCAUCUGCAGAGUGAAAUAAUGAUUGGAUGAGUAAUAUUUAAAUUGUUAGUACAGUAUUUAAUACCUAUAAUCAUAUUUUUUUUUCUCUGGGCUAAUGCCUCCCCACCUCAUAAAUAGGAAGCAGGAUAUUGUAUGUAAUUAAUCUUGUAUAUCAUAAUCAUUCCCUUUCUAUGCUGUAAUUUCUUCACGGAUGUUAGAAUUGAUUCUUUCAAUCUGUUCUAGUAGUUUAGAUAAUUUAUUUCAGGGACCAGUAUAAUGGCAUGCCUAUAGACUGUCAGGCUUGCAUGUGUGCAUACAUAUGUUGUUUGUAUGAAUGCAUGUGUGUGUGUGUGUGUGUGUAUUUUUAGGUGUGUGUGUAAAUAUAUGCUGAUAUGCAAGUGUGUGUGUUUUAAAUUAAAGUGAAAGAUUGGUAAAUAUAAAGUUCUAAGUUAACUCUGUGGACUAUAAUCCUUAGACAUCAUAUUAUCUUGAUAAGAUAUUUGACUUGGUAACAAAGAUUUAAUGGAAGAUACUUGUCUACAAAUAGUUUUCGAAAGGGUUUUACCAUCUAAUAUAACUACCAUAUGUACAGGAUUCUAGUUAUGUUAAUAAUUAAUUCUUUCACUAAAUAUGGUAUAUGCAAAAUACUAGCAGGAAUAACUAGCAUUGCUGAAUUCAAAACAGGGCUUAUCUUCCCACGCUCUCUGCAGUCCUCCAUAGAUUUUAUUUUGCGAGUUGCCUCAUAACACACAGUCACCAACAGGCUACGUUUUCAUUCACUACACAUGCUUCUAACUUCACAUGAGCUUCAAUACGUGCAAUCUUUGCUACCAUAUAUACGAUCCUUACUGUGCUUCAUCUUUACUGCACGUGAUUCCCUGGGGUCCUCCCAGAUCUUUGGGGUCUGAAUUUUUAGGACCUUCCACAGCGUUUAUGACCCAUGGCAAAGCCUCUUACGGUACAUGUACACAUUACAUAAGUUUAAACAAAUUAAUUACAGUAUAAUUGCUUCCCCUUGUUGAUAAAUAAUGAUAAAAAAUAUAAUUUAUUAAUGAUAAAUGCUACAAAAAAAUUCCAGCAAUUGUUUUACUGUAUUUUUCAAAAUAGAGUACUGUACUUUUGUUUGUGUGAUGUGCAGUUUGCUGUGUGCGCAUUUGUGUGUGUUUGUGUGUGCAUGGUUAUACUGUAAUGCAAGUGAUUAUUACAUGUGUACAUUUUUUUUAAUUAGUUAAUCAAAUACUAGCAAAGUUAUAUUAAUAAAUGAUUAGUUUGGUAGUAGAGUAAAUGCAAGUUAAAUGCCAGAAAAAGAAAAUAUUCAAGAAAUUUUCAUUUAAACAUCCAAAAUUACUUGUAUAUAUUACCUGUAUCAAGACUGCAAACCAGAUAUUAUAUGUUGAACAAUUUGAGCACUAUACCUGCUACCUCUUCUUAUAUAUAUAUAUCUCAAUAUAUAUUACAAGUACUGUAAUAUGAACUACAGUAAUUGAAUGUUCUUAGCUAUAAUAUUAAUCCCUAUAAUAUGCAGUUUCAUUUAGCAUUGUACAUUUACCCUUACAAUUUUGUUGCUGAACUAAGUCACAUAGGUCGUGAGAAAAAUUUUGGAUAUUGUAAAUUGCAUUGCACUAUUGAACAAUAACCUGUGAUUAAUUCUUUUUUUAUAUUGAUAUUUGGAAUAAAAUUGCUUUUCAUA